UAAAUUUCACACCCCACCACUACGAGUUCUCGUAGUCUAUACACUGUACGUAUGUCUCGUAGGCUCAUUAUCUCCCUCCGCCAACUUUGCGCAAAAUCUCCAAUGGCCUCUCUCCCGGUUCCCGCCGGCUAUGACCGCCACAGCGACCUCAAGGCCUUCGACGACACCAAGGCCGGCGUCAAGGGCCUCGUCGACGCCGGCGUCACAACCAUCCCACCCAUCUUCCGUCACCCACCCGACCCCUUCCUUGGACCACCACCACCCUCAGAUUAUCAUCAAAUCCAGCACGAUGUCAGCACCAGCAUCCCAACCAUCGACCUCGCAGCAGGCGCCACGACCAGGGCCCUGCUGGUCGCCGAGGUGAAGGCCGCCGCCGAGACGGUGGGCUUCUUCCAGGUGGUCAACCACGGCGUGCCGGCGGCCGUCAUGUCGGGGAUGCUGGAGGCCCUGCGGACGUUCCACGAGGAACCGGCGGAGGCCAAGCGUCCCUACUACACGAGGGACAUGGGCAGCCGUGUCAGGUACCACAGCAACUUCGACCUGUUCCACUCGCCGGCGGCCACCUGGCGUGACACACUCUACCUGGAUAUGGCGCCAACCGGCCCGGCACCGGAGGAAAUCCCGCCGGCGUGCAGAGAUGUAGUUUUUGAGUACACGAAGCAGGUUCAGAGGCUGGGUAGUGCGCUGCUGGAGCUGCUGUCCGAGGCUCUGGGCCUCCACCGGGGAUACCUGGAGCACGACGCCGGGUGCCUGGACGGGGUCAGCGUCGUCGGCCACUACUACCCGCCAUGCCCGGAGCCGGACCUCACGCUUGGCACGACCAGGCACUCCGAUCCCAGCUUCCUCACGGUGCUCCUCCAGGAUGGCGUUGGCGGUCUGCAGGUCCUGCUCGGCAGCCGCUGGGUGCGCGUGCCUCCCGUGCCCGGCGCUUUCGUCGUCAACAUCGGCGACUUCCUUCAGCUCAUGUCCAACGAUAAAUUCAAGAGCGUGGAGUACCGGGUGGUGGCCGUGGACGCCGGGGCGGCGCCGCGAGUCUCCGUGGCUUGCUUCUUCAGGCCGCGUGGCGCCGCGGCGUCGAUGAGGGUGUAUGGACCCAUCGCUAUGGACACAGGGGGCACGAAGCCACCGUCACCUCCACGCUACAGGAGCAUCACGGCGGAGGAGUUCAUUAACCAUUAUAUGGGCAACGGCCUCGUCGGCAAAUCUGCACUAAACCACUUCAGAAUUUAAUCUCAGACAAGUAACAAGUGUAUACCUAAAUAAAACAAUGUUCGGUCGCUUGGGACUCAAUAAUCCCAACUGUUCUUUAAACAAGGACAGGAGCUCUGCUGUCGAUGACGGAAGAAUUUAUCUGUAAGAUGGCUAGCUAGACGAGAUGCCACAAAAGGCAUCCGAGGGGCACACGACGUGGUUGAGCAUAAACAUAACACAUUGGCAAGCAUAGAA